GGGAGGCGGGCGGUGGCGCGGCCCUCCCGUGCGCAGGGGCGGGGAGCGCGGCGCCGGCCCCGCCUGUGGCGCUCCGUGGAGCUGUUCAGCGCCCAGGUGCUGAGUCUCCGCGCGGCUGACGGAGGCUCCGGCAGCGCUCCCUUCCCACCGCUCCCCGGCGCGGCGAUGGCCCCGGCGCCCAACCGCCUCCGCCAGGCAUCCUGAACUCCCACCCGCCCGCCGCGCUCCAGCGUGGAUGCAGCAGCUCCAGGGGCCCCUGGCUCCGCUGGGAAACACGGCAGAGAGAAUUAAUUGAGAGAUGCCUUCUAGUUAAUAGGAUGCAAGUAGCAGCUAGUUCCUUCUACCCUGGCAUGAAGGAUGUGGCAGCACUAUGGUAAUGACCUUGUACGCAGAUUCUUCAACACUUAGAUAUGCUGCAAGAACAGCCAUUGUAAAGCAGAUUAAAGCUACAAAAAGAUUUCCUUAUUGCCUCCAGAGUGUUCCGUUAUGGCAGCCUCCAGUGAACAAUGACAUCCUCUGACAAAUCUAGAUGCCAAAAAGCCAGACGGAAACAGUGGCCUUGUUUCAUUUUUACUUCAACACAGUGAAAUGGUGCUCUUAAAGUUUUGUUAGUGACUCUUACUGGAAAAAAACAAACUCCUGACUGGACCCUUUUCCCCCAACCCUCUCCCAGUGUUCUUAUGGAUGCUUGACCUAGUGACAUCAUGUAGUAUGCCCUGAAGUGUUGUCAUAAUUAAGUUGCAAUGGUUUUAUACACUUCCCCAUUUCCCAACAGCUGUCUGUCAGUUCUGCAUUCUUUUUCCUGGGGGCUGAUUUUCCCAUGUUACUGGUUAGCAGAUAGGCUUGUGGCCUCUUUCGUUCCAACCACCUAUGAAAAGCGUCAAAGAGCAGAUGAUCCAUGCUAUUUUCAUGCCCUCUGCAUCAUUAUUACCACUCCCAUCUACUUGGCACUGUUACUAGCCUCUCUUCCUUUUGCUCUGAUUGGCUUCUUGCUGUGGUCCCCGCUCCAGUCAGCCAGACGACCGUAUAUCUACUCCAGACUAGAAGACAAGAACCAUGCCAACGGAGCCGCACUGCUCACUGAAUGGAAGGCUGCAGGGAGUGGGAAGAGCUUCUGCUUCGGCAGCGCUAAUGUUUGCCUGCUGCCAGAUUCUCUGGCAAGAUUUAAUAAUGUUUUCAAUACACAGGCUAGGGCUAAAGAGAUUGGCCGGAGGAUCCGAAAUGGGGCGAGCAGACCACAGAUCAAAAUAUACAUAGAUUCUCCUACCAACACCUCCAUCAGCGCAGCAAGUUUUAGCAGCUUGGUCUCCCCCCAGGGUGGAGAUAGCACUAAUCAUACUGUUAAUCCUGGCAUGAAAAGGACAACAUCAAUGGAGUAUAAAGGAGACAAUUCUGGCUCAAACAAUGGUGAGGAUAGUAGAGAAGAUAAGGGUAGAACCAGAGAGCCAAAUGAGGGAGAAGAAAACUCUUGCAUUGUCCGCAUAAACGGAGAGGAUAAUGGCCACAUGUCAGAUACAGAAACAGAUGCCGUCAAUGGCCAGGCUCAUGCCAGUGGCCCAGCAGAGCCCUCACUGGAAGGUGAUGCAGAGAUCUCAAAAACACCUAACCACAAACAGAAGGAAGGAGAUUCUGGAAGUUUAGACAGCUGCUCUGCCUCGCGAGAGUCCUUAGUUAAAGUUCGUGUUGGGGAUGGUACAGUGGACCAAAGCACUGUCAACAACAAGCUCCUCUACAAAGCUUCAAUCAUGAAGAAGACUUCAGUGCGGAAAAAGAAACAUACAGAUGAGACCUUUGAUCAUGAGAUCUCUGCUUUCUUCCCUGCCAACUUGGACUUUCUGUGUUUGCAGGAAGUGUUUGACAAAAGAGCUGCAGAGAAAUUGAAAGAGCAGCUUCAUCACUAUUUUGAAUACAUUGUCUAUGACGUUGGCGUCUACAGUUGCCACAGCUGCUGUAGCUUUAAGUUUGUGAACAGUGGUCUACUUUUUGCCAGCCGCUAUCCUGUUAUGGAUGCUGCCUAUCACUGUUACCCCAAUGGAAGAGGGACGGACUCCUUGGCUUCCAAGGGAGCCUUGUUUCUCAAGGUGCAAGUGGGAAGUACACCUCAGGACCAAAGAAUUGUGGGAUACAUUUCCUGCACUCACUUGCAAGCUAUUGCAGGAGAUACUACUGUUCGAUGUGAGCAACUGGAUAUGCUUCAAGAUUGGCUGUCUGAAUUCCGAAAAUCUACCUCCUCCUCCAGUACAGCCAAUCCAGAGGAGCUGGUGGCUUUUGAUGUCAUUUGUGGAGAUCUCAACUUUGAUAACUGCUCCUCUGAGGACAAGCUGGAGCAACAGCAUUCUCUGUUUACACACUACAAAGACCCAUGCCGAAUUGGUCCUGGGGAGGAUAAACCAUGGGCAAUUGGUACCUUGUUGGAUCCUGAAGGACUGUAUGAUGAAGAAGUGUGCACUCCAGAUAACCUACAGAAGGUGCUGGAAAGUGAAGAAGGAAGGAAAGGAUACUUGGUCUACCCCACCAGCAAGAACCACAGUUCCAGUCAAAAGGGGAGGAAGGCAUCGCUGAAAGGAAAUGGGAGGAGGAUUGACUACAUGCUCUAUACAGAAGAAGGUCUCUACCUGGAAUGGAAAGUGGAAGUGGAAGAGUUCAGCUUUAUUACCCAGUUAGCAGGCUUGACAGACCAUCUACCAGUAGCAAUGCGUCUCAUGGUUUCUACAGGAGAAGAUGACCCUUAAAACUGACCAGCUUCAAGAGAUCAGAAGAGGGAAGCAUUAACGAUAUUAAGAAAAUAUCAGAGAAUAAGAAUGAACUGUUCUGAUGCCACGUUAGGAAAAAUGACCAGACCCAACUCGGGCUAAUCGCAGAACAUUACCAACAAAGGCAGAUAUAAAAAGGGAAGAAAUGGAAAGGGUUGUGGUCAAAAGCCACUAUCACAAGUUGCUCAGGCAACAGGGCAGGCCUGUACUACAAUGCUUUCACUGUGGACCGAAUGGAACCAAGAUGGAAGUCCUAAUUCCUUCUGAAACAGUGCCAUUCUUACUAAAACAUGUUUUUAUACUAAUAUAUAGCACAAUUUAGUUUGUACUUAGUCUGUGAGUUAGUGCUGCUCAAUGGUUUUUUGCAUCAUUUCUUUGUAUAACUAAUCAGCUAAAGCUUUUUUUCUUUUUUUAGCCUGUUAAAAGUUGUAGUAGCGUGCUUGCAUCAGUAGCAUGCGCCCGCACUGCAUGCCACUCUGAAAUAAAAUAGUCAGUAAGAUACCAUGGGGAAUAUCAGAAUGGAAGCGAGUUCAAAAAUCAGAUUACCAGCCAAAGCAAAGCAUUCUGGGACCGGCAAACCCUUCUGUCCUUACAGACAGAUCUUAAAGCAAAUAAGCAGAACCUGUAUUCAGUUUGCAGACCAGUAUCUUCCUGUCCUAGUUAAGGAUACUUAAAAGAUUUGCAAUUAAGACUUUAAAAACACAGUUCUACCCUUACUCCAGCUGUGUUCCCACUGAAAUUAUGAAGUGUUGUGUCUGAAUAAUGACUCCAGAAUUGGGCCUUCAGCUUUCUAAGCGCAAGUUAUUCCCUUAAGAAGACAUACAGUUCCCUUGUAAUGUUUUUUCUUUCUUUCCAUACGUGGGACAGUUCUGAAUUAUGGUAUGGGAUGAUAUGUAUGUUACAGUAGCGUGAAUAGAUUCCUGUAGUACCGUUGGUAACACCAGAGCCAACCUUCUGCCUUAGUUAGAGUAAGUGGGAAAUAGCUUGUAAAAUGCAUGCUAGAUAUAGAGAUAAAAUUAACAGUUUUGGGGAAAAAUGUAGAAGAGUGUAUGAUAAGGCAGGAUAACUUCACAAUUUUCUGAAGGAAUCAAUCAGUACACUUAAAAGGAAAAUGUAGCAUAACUAACUAGAGAGUAGAGAAUAGAACUGUGACUCUCAGCCUUAAGUAACUGUAGCCUAGGAGCAGAGGGUUUGUUUCUGUCCGUGAGACACAGUUCUCCAUGUGUUAUGUACUCACAGGCUUUAACAGGGGACUUGCCAGCUAAUUUGUAUGUUCUUUCCCUGCAGAUCUGUGAAUGUGGGGCUCCCCUCUGACAUCUUAUCCCUAUGACCUGACCUACCCAGCCUCUGUAACCUUAACAAAAAUAAUGAAAAGCUGAGGAUCAGGUCCAUGACAAGACUUGGUGUUUCCUUAGGGAUUUAAAUUCAGAAGGGUUCAUGUUGCUUGGAGAACAAGGAGACCCCUUGCAUUUUCACUGACACUUAGUUUCUUCUGCCCACUUCAUGUUCAGUUUUAGCACUAUUUCCUCUUACAUUUUAAAUACCCUGUGUUAAAAAGAGUUAAUCUAAUAGUUAGACUUACUCCAGUAAGUAAACUGUUUUAGUUAUGCUGGCCACAAACUCCUGAAGAUGCUCUUGUUUUGGUUUAGUUUGCAUCUGCUAGGAAUCAGCUUGAGCUAAAUCAGAGACAUCCCAGCCUGUGCAGCCUCUGGUACUGGCUUAAUUAGCUGCAGUAAACAGUGAAACUUUCACUUAGGUCAGCCUGAUUUUGCAAGUAGAGAAACAAAGCUUUAACAGUCAUGAGAGUACUGGACUGACAGUACUGCCUAAUCCCAAGUAGAUAGCAGGCCACUGUUCACACACUCCCACAGCACCUGGUCUCAACAUGUUUUAUGCCUCAUUUUCCAGUCCCAGCAGCCCUUCAGCAGAGACUGCCUCUAAACAGUGUACUGUGCCAAACCAUGGGGUAGUCUGCAAGUGUAACCACAGGGACUCCAAAAUGGAACCAGACCUAAUUCCCCUUUUUGAUAAAAUUAGGAAUUCAAGUUUACAGCAUCAGAGACUCGAGUGUACUGUCCCAGUGCACCACCAGUUUCCCACUUUGUAUGUUUCUCUUUAUACAGAGGGUGCACAUAUUUGCAACGUGUUUUUCUGGUUUCUUAUCUCCCCACCCAAUUCAGAAAAACUUGUACCUGAAACAAUGCUUUUAACCCUACUUUCUACCUUGCUUGUAUUUUAUUAACCUUUUUUAAAAAACCAAACAGUACCAGUAGUAAUUUGUGUGCUGUCCAGCAGCUAUUUCUCAGUAGUAAGAUUAAAUAUAAGGUACAGUAUUUUUAAUAGCUUUCCUAUCAAUGUAAAUUGCAAUUUGAUAUCCACUUCUCUAAGUGUCAGUUGCAGGAACUGAAUUUGACACUGUGUGGGAUAUAAUCCUAAAACUACUGCCAAACAAUGUUACAUUAUUUACAGUAAAACUAACAUGGUCUAAAUUACUUUAAAAUCAGUUCUGCGGCUUUGUGCUGACUAAAAGGCAGGCACUUUUCUGUCAACUUUUUGAGACACGUUGGGAAAUAUUUUUCAAAUUUAAAGUGUUUUAGAUUUUGAUGUUCUUAAUUUCUCAGUGAUCAUGAAAUGGAUAGUGAUAAAAUGUUCUCUCAACACAAUACAAAUACAUUUAAUCAGUCUAAGUAGUUCUUACUAGUUUACUGUCUUAAGGAUCAACCUUGCAAGAGCACGAUGCUGGGAGGUACAGCAUUGUGGCACCACUGUACAGAUGCUCCUUGCUUUUGUGCAUCAAUCCUGUGCCUUCCGAUGCCUUGGUACGCUUGCAGGAGUCAGAGAGCGUAUGUACUGCUAAACUGUAACGAACAUGCUUUCCUUUCCAGGGGAGAAGCCUCCUGGAGAAAAGCGAGUUUGUCUACACCACUACUACCAGUUCCAUAGAUUGACUGGCAGACAAUAAUUCAGACAAUGCCUGUACCAGCAGGUAUCAAUCAUUACAAGCCUUAGACAGAUACUAUGUAAUAGAAUAUUUGCAUUAAAAAAAGGGGGUGGAGGCGAACUGUCAAGGAGAACAUGCCCAGGAAAUCAAACUCUGGAUAGCUUUUUCAGAUGUCAAUCUCACCUUGCUUAAGUAUAGCAUGAUGCAAUUUAUCAGUAGGAUGUUAUUUAUUAGAAGAUUGAGUUAGGCUUAUAAGACUGUGCUGGCCCUACUUUGUACAGGAGUUUCAGGUAUCUUCAAGAAGAAGUGGGUGAUAACACAAUUCUUGGUUUAAUAGCUGCCACUCAACAGGGAUACUGUAAAUGAAGUGUCACCUGUUUGUAUAGAAGCUAGGUAAUAUCUCCUGUUUCUCAUUUUCCAUUUGCAUUUUAUAACAGCACUGCUAGAACAAGUGAACAGAAUACACAAACAAGGACAGCCAAAAACUAAGAACUCUCAGAAGUUUUAAGGAUGUCAAGUCCUUACAAAGUCAGUACCUAUCAGUCACUUCAAAAACAGCCUACAGAACGUAGCCUCUUGGGCACAUCCAGAUCCAGUUAAUCUGUGCACUAUUUGUCUGAGGACACGUGAUCCACCUGCUUUACAGCCACUAAGGACCAGGAGUAGUGCCUAGUGUACUACAUCUCUAUAACCAAUUCAAGUAGUGGCCUGCUAGUUUUAUUCCACCACAAACUGAAUGCUUAAUAGCAGGUGUCUAAAGCAAUUGAACUGUGCCACAGACUGGCUCCAACCUGCAGCCUGUUGUAGGGAAACCCUGGAGAAAGCUGCCUGGUGUAAUGAGUUUAACCGUCUUGUGCUAGCAGUAUGACAGAGUUUUGUCCAGGAAGCACUCUCAGCCAGUCUGGCUAAACCCUCAGUCCUACUUGCUGGGUAAGACAGUAAGAUUUAAGGAACUUACAAUUCCGAUAAGAUUUUUCCUUUUUUAUUUUUUUAUUUUUUUUUUUUUUUAAUGGCCUUUCUUUGGUGUUCCCAAUUAAGCCAAUUGGCUGUCCCCAGUUUGGUCUUCGAUCUACCCUGGGAUCACACAGCAGCACAUCUAUGUCAGCACAUAUCAUCAGCUCAGAAAUGAAGCAUUUUUACCUCCUGACACUACAGGAGGAAAACAGAAAUACAGCUCUAGCACUCUGACAAACUCCCAAUUAUAUCAUCCAUUGCAAUGAGGGUCAAAUUGUUACUGAAGGUCCCAUUUAUCCAUGCCAUCCUGUUUUAAAUAUAAUCUUGAUGCUUUUAAAGACUUGUAUUAUUGCUGAGGUUUAGAAAUCCUAUACUAUGAAUAACCUUUUUUAUUUCAAUGAUUUUUCGGUAUUGUAUCCUUCUGGAACCUGAUGUUUUUAUAUGGUAAGCACACACCUUCUGACAUUUUGUUACAAAUGUAUUAAAAAAAGAAAAAAUUAAAUAUUUUCAUUGGUUUCUUUACCUGCAAGAAAACCACAAUCUCAGACCUGAUAAAAGCAAGGUAUUUUGAACAAUAGGAAGGGGAUUUUGUCUUUUAUUGGUGCUGAAAGGAAUAACUGGUUGAUGCAAACAAGAUAAUAAAAUUUCAAGGCUCGAAUGA